AGAGAGGCGCUUGUGUCACAGCGUCACCGGUAAUAUUUCAUCUGGGGACUGGAGGGUAUUAUGAGCCGAAGAAAUCCCGCUGAGUUAUGAUGGUUUGUGAGCAGCUCAAAGGCGAGACAUGUGCAGCAGAUAGGCUGCAUCUCGUCACUCCAAAAAGCAGCCGACGGCCGAUCAGCAGCCGAAACAGUCGGGACUGUCCAUUUAAUCUAAAGGCAGAAACCCCCAGAGCAAGAAGAGCAAGAAGGAGCAACAUGUUUGAAUCCACGGGAAUCCCUCUCAUCGCGCUGGAUGUCGCGUGUCUUAUCCUGGUUGGGCUUCCAUUUUUUAUCCUUACCCCGAAACACAGCCCUUUCAAACGGGGUUUCUUCUGUAACGAUGAGUCCAUCAGGUACCCGCUCAAAGAGGACACCAUAUCCUACCAGCUGCUGGGAGGAGUCAUGAUCCCCUUCACACUGAUUGUAAUCGUAUGUGGAGAGUGCCUUUCUGUUUACCUGUCGCGCGUCAGGAACCAGUCUUUGGGGACCAAGUAUAUUUCAUGUGUUUACAAAGCUGUGGGGAGCUACGUGUUUGGAGCUGCUGCCAGCCAGUCUCUGACGGACAUAGCCAAAUACUCCAUUGGUCGUUUGAGGCCAAACUUCCUGGCUGUAUGCAACCCAGUGUGGGAUCGUAUCAACUGCAAAGCUGGUGGAUACAUCGUGAACUUCACCUGCAGCGGGGAUGAAUUUCUGGUGGAUGAAGCCAGACUGUCCUUCUACUCUGGUCAUUCAUCCUUCUCUAUGUACUGCAUGCUGUUCCUUGUUCUAUACAUUCAAGCCCGGCUGAGGUCACAAUGGGCGAGGCUUUUGCGUCCCACCAUUCAGUUCUUCCUGAUUGCUACUGCAGUGUAUGUGGGUCUAUCUCGGGUGUCCGAUUACAAACAUCACUGGAGUGAUGUGCUCGCUGGCCUUCUGCAGGGCGGGAUAGUGGCUGUUCUAACAGUUUUCUGUGUCGCCAACUUCUUUUCACAACCAGUGGAGCCAGUGGUGACACAGGAGGAAGAAGCCUCACACGCCAGUUUACAGGACAACCCUUCCAAUGGGAACCACUAUGGCAGCACUGACUGAACAUGAGGCCCAACAGACAGUACAGUGUGGGGACCUCUAUCCUUUAAAUCCAUGGAACUCAAGAAUUUGUUUUAAAUUGCUGUCCGUUUUUUGUGUGCAUGUCUUGAACAC